CCGGCGGGCGCCCCUGCGCAUGCGCGGCGGCGGUGCGGCCGUUUGGCGGCGGGUUCGAUUCAAACGGCGGCGGGAGGAUCGGCCUCUAUGGAGGGUGAGUUCUGUUGCAUCCCCGUCUACGAUGUGCUGCACCGCGCUGGGUAUCUCGCGGAAAUACAAAUGGCUUUUCCUUCAAAGAAACAAUGUGUCAGCAAAACACCAGAUCUAGAUUUCAACGAAGAUCCCAAUUCUUUUAACUCAAAUGUUCCAGCAGAUGGUAUUUCCAAAGCUACAAACCAAGGGUUGCCUAAAUCUGCUAAGAAAGUGGAACCGCUUUCAAAGAAGUCAGCUACAAGAGGACAUAUCAACAGAUACAAACUAGAAGCAGAGCUGAAGACCAAGAAUCAGCUAUUAGAAACAGCCAAACAGCAGCUACACUCCAGACUAACAGGAGCACAGGGUACUAUAAAGGAGUUAAAGGAGGAGAAUGAAGGCCUGCUACAAGAAAUUGAGAAGCUCAAGAAAUUUCAGCAGACUUGCAUGGUGAUUUUAGAAAGCAGAAACAUUGAUCCUGUUACAGGCAGCAAGAUUUUGGAGGAGGAAGAAAAGGCACAGGAAUGCCAGAAGCAGACAGUGCUGUUAACUGAGAAGCUCGUAGAAGAAUUGAGGCUAUUUAAUCAAACAGCUGCAAAAGAAAAGGAGGUGCUUCAGAUGGCAAUGGACAAGUGGAAGUCAGCAGAAGAAGAGAGACACCAGUCCCUGGAGAAGCAUUCUGCCUUUCAAGCAGAAAUUAAGGAAUGUUCAGCAACACUUAACGAUUUGGAGCUGCUCCUGGCAAUGUGAGGCAUGAAGAUGGACUAGACUGGGUUUUUUGCUGUUUUACUGAUAGUUUAGUGGUCUCUACUUGGCAAACCCAGUUCUGUUGGGGCAGGAACAGGACGGUGGCUGGGCAAGCGGCCGGGGCAGGACUCGUGGCUCUUACUGCUCUACCGGCAGCCGCCGGGGCCUCGCCUGGACCCUCCUUACCGCACGCCGCUGGCGAGCGGCUUCCUCCUCACGAUCCUUCGGUUCCUCCGCGCUAUAACUCAUUAAGUUAAUCAUUAAACGCGCUCUCAAUUCCCCGA